UCCCAAGAGCAUUCAGUUCUUCCAUACAAAUCACACAGAUCAGUCAACUCACUCCCAGUCGCAAAACAUAUACAUAACAAUUAAUCACUUUCCAUACAACAAAAUACUAAAUAUAAUGAAUCGCAUCCUGGAGCAGGUGAUCCACCAGAAUGGACCCACGGUGGAUCGCAUAUUAUCGGAGCAUACUUUGGGAUAUGUGGUCUCCGACAAUAUGGCUAAUGCAGUGGCCGAAACGUCCUUCGACAACACAAGUGCCCAGGCGAUCGUGAAGCAUUUGAAUGGACUCCUGGUGGGCACCUGCCAAAGUGUAAUUCGGGACCUUGACCCCUCCAACAAACUCUGCUUCAUGCGCCUGGCCACUCGCAAGUUCGAGUAUCUGGUGGCCCCCGAGGAGUACUUUACCAUCACAGUGGUUCAGUGAGGAAAAAGGGAACCAUCGACAAUAUUGCUCCUAUAAUAAUAUCAUUCAAGUUGGAUUAUUCAAAAAGAAUGUAUCAAGUGCUAGUUGGAUAACUUUAAAAUUGCCUGAAACUUUUAGGAAGAAUUUCCUAAGAACGCUCACAAAUUUUUAGGAAAUUGUUUCCAACAGUUUUAAGGCGAUUUCCUGCAUUCAGUGCAUAAAUUCAAAUCAAAUAUUCUUAAAAUAACUCAACUGAUGAUUUAUUUAAGUCAAUAAUUUAAAGAUAUUUAAUGUUCAUUUCUACGACGCUAUACAAUUCGGGCAGAUUUUCAAAAAUAUCACUUCCCUUCUAUUUAAUCUCAAGAUACAAUAUAAAUUUUGUUCUAAAAUUAAAAUUGCUAAUAACCUUGA